GAACUCGCAUAAUUAUUAUUACUCAAAUGUAAUGUAAUAGAUAAUUUGCUGUUACCAUGCAAUAUAUUCACAGUAAAUAGAACGAUAGAUAAAAGUUGCUCAAAGCCAGAAUCCGUAAACGUAGAUAGUGCAUAAUGUCUGGCAAAUCUAUUGUGCAAUUGAAGAGAACUACUUUUUGGCAACGAAGUUGAGCAGGCGGCAAGCUCACAAUAAACGGUUUGAAAGCGAGUGCUGAGGCUCCCGGCACAGUCAUCCCUUUACGCACGCUUUAUGCUAGAGAUUUCAUUGUGCGGGUAUAAGAGUAGUGUGAAAGGUAGUUGAAAUGAAACUGUUGUGCAUUUAAGUGUGCAUGCCUUUUCUGCGCUACGGGGACAUGUUUUGACUACCGACAGAGCCAAGUUUUAUAUCGGACAAGAAUAACUAGAUGGGAAUAUGUUGUUUUAAAUAGGCUAGGUGAAGCUAGCCUAGCUAGCGUGGCCAACGCGAAUAGGAACAGAAGAACUUAAAGCUUAAAAACAAAGGAUUCAAACUUAUCACAACAGGCUGCCAUCCGGAGACUGGAGGGAGGAUAGAAAAAGGGAACCAUGCCGUCAGUAAUGGAACGUUCCGGUUCUGGCGUGCUGUCCCGCAGCAGAGCCAAAACUGUCACCAACGGCAGUAGCCAGCAUUCAGAGGAGGAGAGCAGCGAUGAGGAACAUGCACACGACAGUAUGAUUCGAGUUGGGGGAGACUACCAAGCCCAGAUACCUGAAUAUAAACCUGACAGCCCAGCUCGAUAUGCUGAGAAGGAUCACAGAGGCAUGCUGGUCUGGUCGCCCAACCAGCUGGUGACCGAUGCAGAAUUGGAUGAAUACAUUCUGAUGGCAAAAGAGAAACAUGGAUACAAUAUGGAACAGGCUCUCGGCAUGCUCCUUUGGCAUAAGCAUGACGUGGAGAAGUCUCUGGCCGACCUGGCCAACUUCACGCCCUCACCCGAGGAGUGGACAGUGGAGGACAAGGUGCUGUUUGAGCAGGCCUUUAGCUUCCAUGGCAAGAGCUUCCACCGCAUACAGCAGAUGUUGCCUGAUAAGCUGAUCUCCAGUCUGGUGAAGUACUACUACUCCUGGAAAAAAACUAGAAUGCGCACCAGCGUCAUGGACCGACAGGCCCGACGAUUGCUGAACAAGAGGGAGAAGGACGACAGCAAUGAGGACGCAGAGGAAGGGGAUGGAGGCAGCGACAGCGACUUUGAGAUAGAAGCUAAGAAAGAGACUCAGAAACAGACUGUAAGCGCAAGAGGAGGAGAGAAGGCCAGUUCUGGGAGGCCGGGCCCAGUCCGGAAGGAAAGCCUUGGGUCGCAGUACAGACAUCACCCUCUCCGAGCUCGACGGCGCCCCCCAAAGGGCAUGCACCUCAUCCAGGAGGACCUCACCUCGCUUUCUGCCAGCCCGGACACAGGGGCAGUGUCUCUGAAACAGCUGGAUACACAGCUGGUGUCGCUUAAGAGACAGGUUCAGAGCAUCAAGCAGACGAACAGCAGUCUGAAGCGUGACCUGGAGGGAGGGAUAGAAACCCUGCGCCCCACUGAGCCUGCUCCCAAGAUCAACUCCCGCUGGACUACUGAGGAGCAGCUUCUGGCUGUACAGGCCAUCAGGCGCUACGGUAAAGAUCUGGCGGCCAUUGCCGAGGUGAUCGGCAACAAAACCAUCCCGCAAGUGAGCUCGUUCUUUGUCAGCUACCGGCGGCGCUUCAACCUGGACGAAGUGCUGCAGGAGUGGCAGGCGGAACAGGAAGUGCUCCAAGGGCAUGCUGGGAACCCUGAGGACAUCAAGGAUCUGGCCGGGGCCAGAGGAAGAGGGGUGCCAGGGGGAAACGGCAGCGCAGAAGAUGAAGAGGAGCAGAUGAUAGUAGAGACUGAGGCCACAUCUCCUCCCACUGCUAGUAACGUCAGUAACUUCGGUGCAAACCAGGGGCCCCCUUCCCUGUCCCAGCCCCCACCUCUGCUCCGCCCCACUCCUCCUCUGGCCCCUCCUAGCCUGCACCGACAGCCCCCGCCCCUGCAAACUCGCCCAAUCCAGACCCGCACCCCUCACAAUCACCCACCCCCACCGCUGAUCCGCCCCGCAGUCGCGUCCUCCCGCCACCAGGGGCUCCGAAACUCACUCGGCUCCAAUUCCACUUCCGGCUCCUCGUCGCUGUCCUCCUCUUCCUCAGGUCAGCUGCCACCUUCCCUAGUGGGACUGAAAGUGGAACAACCCCAUUCUCACUAAGGAUCUUCGGCAACCAAGGGCUGUAGAUGGCGUGCACACACACACACACACACAGAUUUUGCAGAUGUGAGAGAAUAGUAGGGUGUGAGAGAGGGAAGUCUCAGAGACAGAAUACUACUGAUGCCAUUUUCUCCUCCCACUAGUAAGUGGAGGACUGUGCAGCCCUGGUCCUGGAGAGCUGUAGGGUCUGCUGAUCUUUGUUUUUACCGUAAAAUCAGCAACAGAUUCAGACUGAUGCUGAUGUGAGUUUAACUGCAUAAUUGGUUGCACAAUGGAUCAAGUGCCAAGUAACAGCAUAAAUGAGCAGACCCUGCGGCUCUCCACAGCCAAAGUUGCAGAUCCCCUGUCAUAGUCACUGAGCCACUGACUCUUCUGAACAGAACGUACGUAUGGGCAGGAAACUGAAAUAACCAAGUUAACUUAACCCAUCCAGGUCUUUCUCCUGGCACAGCCACACACGCUGCCUCAUGAUACACCAACCACGGUGAAGCAUUCACCUCAACGACUGGCCAAGCAUUUAGCUUUCAGGACAACACAUUACUGAAAAUUCAAAAUGCGACCUUCGGUGAACCCUCUCCCACAGUCUUCACUGUUUGCAUACAAGCAGCUGCUGUAUGCAGGGAAGUGUUUGGAUUGGACUACCUUGACAGCAUAGCUCCUUGAUGUGUUCAGCCCCCUGCUGGUCUCCAUGGCAACACUGGGACUGUUCCAGUUGUGGGAAUGCAGGUAGGCAAGCAGAGUUAUGUGGAGAGACGGUGUGCUCGUCUUUUUAGACGGCAAUCUGUCUGACCCAAAGUUGGGGGGAAAAGGUAACCCAUUUAGUCAAGCACAGAGGAGCCAUUGAUUUAGCAGGUUACUGAGGAAAACACAGAAUAGCUGCUUUUUUUUACUUGUAGUUUAGAGUAGGAUUAAGCACUAAAACA